ACCAAAGUAUGCGUAACUUUUUUUCAACGCAACCCAAAGCGCGCCAGUCGACGGUUGACUGGCAUCCGUGGCUGCCGCGCGCUCUGAAAAAAAAAAUUAACUGUCAAAAUAUUUUAUUUUUAAUUUCGUGUGUUGGACUUUGGGGUAAAACUAGAACAAAAUGAAGGUCCUCCUGUGUCUCACUGUCGCCGUGUUGGUGUGCGGAGCGUUCGCCAAAAAUAAGAAGAGCGAAGAUAACAAAGUUAAAAUAGCGCUGUACUACGAGAGCUUAUGCCCCGACAGCAAGCGCUUCAUCACGGACCAGCUCGCGCCCGUAUGGCGGGACUUCAAGGGCGCCGUCAAGGUUAAACUGGUGCCCUAUGGCAAGAGCACUCACGACAAGGUGAACGGCAAAUGGCAAUUCAAUUGCCACCACGGCCCUGAUGAGUGCUACGGCAACAAGGUCCAAGCUUGCAUCCUGAAGGACAAUCGCCUGGCCGACACGGAUAAGAUGGACCUGGUCAUCUGCCUCAUGGGACAGGCCAGCCCUGACAAGUCGCUAGACACGUGCCUAGAAAAAGUCAACAAGCUAUCAGAAUCGAACAAGCUAAAACAGUGCGCCAGCGGCACGCAGGGAGACAACCUACUGGCCAGUUAUGGAGACAAGACUGACGCCGUACAGCGCCCUCUGGCGUUUGUGCCCACCAUCGUUGUUAACGAGAAAUUCAGCCAGGAGAACCAAGAUGCGGCCUUCACAAACCUGAAGUCUGUGAUCUGCCGCGUGGCGACCGGCACUAAACCUUCCGCCUGCUAACGUUUCAUACAAACUUCAUACAUACAAAUGUCAUACAUAUAUAGAGAAUUUCUAUAAAAUACCUACUAUAUAAUUCAUCUCUCAUCAAUGCAGGUGAAACACGGUGAAAUAAAAAGGACCGUAUCUACAACUUUGUAUAGUGACUUUUCAGG